AUGCUGCUUCAGUCCCAAAAUGCUCAUGGCUGCGGACAGAGAGUGACGCUGAGGAGAGAAAUGUUCCCUCAGCCAAGCCUGGGAGAAAGAGCCACAUCCCGGCCAUUGCGCUGCCACCUCCCAAAAGCGCGGCGCUCCAGCGAGGAGGCACGUGUGGUCUGCAGCGGCCAGUUGGUGCAGGUGCCUGUGCUGGUGAGGGAAAUGUACAGCUGGCUGCAGCGGAACGUGGAUGCGCCUGCCAAGAACGGGCUGGACGAGAGGCUUCUGGAGCUGGUGCGCUGGAAGCAGCAUGAUGUGGUGGUGACCCUCCUGCGCUGUGCCCCGUCGUGUGACAGGGCUGCUGUGACCAUGUGGAGGGCGCUGGUGUCUGAGCGCAGCUGUGCCGAGCGAGUGCUGUGGGAGCUGCUGGGUGUGCUGGAGGAUUGGCCGCUGCACAGCACAUCCACCUCCGACGGGGACGAGACGGAGGUCGUCGUUCUGGCUGCAACCAGGGCACUGAGGGAGAUCCUCUGUGAGCGCCAGGUCCCAAAGGUGUUGAAUCAGCAUUUUCCGCCCCUCUUCCUGGCUCUGCUCUUUCAAGUGUACUGCACCAUAAAGGAGGAGGCAGAGGAGGUCGAUGCGUGCUGGAGGAAAUACGUCGAGCAAGUCAGCCUUCCCACCAGCCCUAGCAGAUUCAUGGUGCAGACGGUGAAAGCGCUGCUCUGCUGUUUGGGCUAUGAGGAUGUGGUGUUUAGAGUGGAGCACAAGCAUGGCUGGGACACUCUGCUGCACGCAAAGAGUCACCCCUACGCGAUGGGUCUGCUGGCCAGAGAGAUGUGCAUGGUGAAGGAUUAUUUCUGUCACUGCGUGGCGCUCCAGCUUUUGGAUGUGCUGAACCUGGACGAGCCGUGCCUGCAGGUCCCUGCCAUGGCGUUCUUUGUCAAGCUCCUGGCCUGCCCUGACGUGGUGGAAUUGCACGAGCGUGCCCUGAAGCUCUUCCCGAUGUUCGUGCUCAGCCCGCGCAUUGAGAUGCGUCGCCUGGUGCUGCAAGGGCUCUUCACCCUGAGCCAAAGACCUGAGAUGGCUGAAAGAAUGGGGUUCUUGCUGCCGAAACUCCUGGAGGUCCUGGACGACGCAGAUACGGAGGUGGUCGAGAUGACCCUCUCUGUGCUUGGCAAGAUGCUGGAGCAGAGGGACGUGGCAAUUGCUGGCCCUGUCGUCGUGCAGCUGUCUGAGAAGCUGCAGCCGCUCUUUGACAACGAGUCCGCCUCCAUCAAAGUUCUCUCCUUCAAACUCUUCCGGGACGUGAUGGAGCUUUUAGUGGCAGUGGACAGGAAGGCAACAAAGAGACAGGUGCGCCGGAACCUGCUGCCGCUGCUCUUCCACGUCUAUGAUGAGAACCAGCCUGUGGCAGAGGUGAGGAUUUUGGCGCUGCUGGGGUUCCCGUGGGAGGUUGCUGGGCUGCCUCCUGCCCCGGUGCCUCAUGAAGCGCAGGGUUCCAGGUUCCUCCUGGCCUCGGCUCCCGAGCAGCAGCUCUGGGAGCCCUCUCUCCUGCCGCCCGGCAGCACCGGCUGCCCGAGAUGGAGGUUGCCCCAGUGCUCUGCCCGGGCAGCGAAGCCGCCGGCAGACGCGUUCCCCAGCUGCUGCCCCUUCCCAGCAGGGCCCAAGAAGGACCCUCAGCCUUGCCCAGGGGAGGGGAUGCGGGUCCUGUGCCCUGGGCAGCGGUGCCAUCUCCCAGUCUCUGCUGCUCUGCAGGCCUCCCGGGAAACCCUGCUUCAAGCCACCGAGCUGCUGAAGCUGAGGAAGCUGAGGAAGAAGCUGAAGAGCGGGCAGAUCUACAAGUUGGGCAAGUGCCUGCUGGCAGAGGACAGGAGCAGAAGAGAAGAUUACCUGUACCAGGCCCUGCCGUACCUGCAGAGCCCCCAGGAGUCCCUGCGAGAGGCGGCCGUCGUGUUUUUUGGGCACCUUGGUCGGAGCGUGAGGGGACAGCCGGAAGAGCAGCAGACCAUCUACCAGGGCCUCGAAUGCAUGACAAACGACAUCAGCCAAUCCGUCUCAGACUUAGCAGCUGAUACCCUGUUUGUCCUGAGAAGUGAAGAAAGCAAUCGUACCUUUCGAUACAGGCUGCAGGUGCUACGAGGGUGGCUCGAGAGGAUGUGGAGGAGAUGAACUUCUCUCCCUGGUGUCUCGUGGCCUCUCCCUGCCCCCCAGCACAGCUCCAUCCUUCCGCUUUGCCUUCCGUCAAUAAACAGUCUGGAUUCUUCAUCUCUCACCCGUCCCAGUCCCGCACCGUUGCUCUUUCACCUCAGGGGCUGUACCGGCAACAGCCUUCAAAACGCAACAGCUUGCUCAACAGCCGUUAAAGCGAGG